AAUAGAAUAGGAUCGCAUAUAGAUAAUGAGAAAUAAUCGAUCGAUCGAGUAUAUAAAGCGAAUCUAAAAUUUGACCAGUUAUAUCUAUUGUGACACAGAACAUUUGAACAUUUGUAUUGUUUGUAUUGCUAUCACGGAUACAAGAUGAAAGUCUUCAUCAUUUUUAUCGCGAUAUUCAUGGUUUAUGUAAACUCUGAUCAAAAUCUGAAACCGCAAUGCCCGGAAGAUUUAAAUGAGAACAACACGAUGAUCGUACACCCGUGCAACUGCAGCACGUUCUUCGUCUGCACCACGGAUCCACCAAUUCCUAUGGAUUGCCCCGCUGGUCUUCAAUUCGACGAAAAGAAACAAGUUUGCGACUACAAAUGGCGCGUGAAAUGCAAACCGAGAAAGGAAUGUCCUCAGAAAGCAAAUUCAUUGAACGGAUUGUAACUAUUUACAUAUCUAAAUCGAUAUGGAAAUCUCCGACAUCGAUAUCGCUUGAUCAACGAUUAAUAUUAUACAAAUACCAUACAAUCUAUACCUCUUUCACGUUUCCAUGAAUCUGAGGAAUCUGAAUCGGAAUAAAAGAAAAAUAUUAAAAUAUU